AUGAACGUGAGAACAAGAGUGACGGCGAGGAUCAGAGCACCGAUGACUAGAAUCAUGACGAAGAUCGUCCGAGGCAACCGUCUUGAUCUCCGGACCACUUUCCGACAAUCCUUGAUGAUAUGGUUCUUGAGAUUUAUCCCGGUGACGUUUCCGUUGACGCAGGUGACCUCCGACCAAUCGCACGGGGAAGAUGUGUUGUUCCAUAGGCGGAGGGACGGUGGGUCUCCGAGACCGCGUUUCAGGUUAAGAAGUGUUGUCCGUUCGUCGAGCUGCGAAAUUACAGAAAAGGGUAGUGAGGUGAGAAAGAGAAAGAGGAAGAGUAAGGGCAAUGUGUUAGUACACAUUAGACCUAGCUUGAACACUGUUGUCAUCUCCUCCGUGUUAGAAGCAUCUUUGAUGUCCUCAUCAAAAGCCUCUGCGAUCGGUUUCUUAGAUUGGAGUACAAUCAUGAUGCAUAUAGCAAAGUCCUUGAGCUGCACCGACCGCAAUAUUCAAUUCAAGCUAUUAGCCUCUACAUGAUCACCUCCUUUCUUCUUUUUGGAUGUUCAUUCCUUGUCUUCUUGCUGUUGAUAAUGUCUUUCCUGCGUGACUCAAGUCAAAUCUUAAGACCCCAAUCCACCUGCUCCAAACCCGGUUUUCACAGAUGCUGAUGUCAC